AUGACAUUUGUUAACAGAAACGGUAUGCAGCUAAAUGCCAAAGAAUUUUUGAAUCAAGUUAAUCAUCUGAAUUCUGAUUGCAUUUCCCAUACGCUUGAAAUUGCCCUGUCAUCAACUGGUGCUGUAAUAGCUUUGACGAUUGUCCUGAUCGCAGUAUUGUAUAAAAAUCGUUGGAAGAUACGAUACUGGUACUACAUGACAAGAAGAAAACAUUUUGGAUACCAACGGCUUAAUAACGAAAAUGAGGAAGACCAGUAUAUGUAUGAUGCUUUUAUUUCUUAUGCUGAUGAGGAUGGAGAGUUUAUUCGAGAGGAUAUAAUGCCGAAACUUGAAGAAAAUGGAAUGAAACUCUGUGUUCACCAAAGAGAUUUUCUGCCCGGUAUUCCGAUCGCUGACAAUAUUGUUGAUGCGAUUCAAAACAGUAGGAAAACCUUAGUGGUUAUAUCCAGGCCAUUUAUUAAGGGAAAGUGGUGUAUGUAUGAAUUCAAUAUGGCUAGAAUGGAAACGAUGAACAAGCGCCCUGAGGCUGGUUGCUUAGUUGUUGUACUUCUGGAAGUGGUGCCAGCUAGGGAUAUGCCGCUAGAGCUUUUGGAAUGGAUCAAGGUACAUUCUUAUAUUGAAUACACCAAUGAUGUCGAAGGUGGGCUCCUGUUUUGGGACAAAUUGAUGGCAGCGGUGAGAAAUUGA